ACAUACAAAAUGGCUGACCUUGGCUUGCGCAUUGUGUAAGAAGUGUAUAUGCUGGAACACAUUUCGUUUACUUGGAAAGAAACAUCAACAUAUUUUGUUAUACUCUGAAUACAGCUUAUCCUGUUGAGUAAAACAAUUAGAUCCAGUCACAUUUUACUCUAAUCCCUCCCCCGGUUACGGUAUACGGAAGGCGUUCGUAGCCAUACUCGCCAGGGAAUGGUGAUUUUCUGGGUCAAGUCACUUUACGUUUAUGUGCACACGGCUCAGAGUCGACUCGGAACAAGUCCAGCUGUAUUUCUAACAGAUCGACUUCCUCGCGGUCUGCCCUAAACUGGUGGAUAAACAGAUAAAUGGCAGCUGCCUCGAGAUGUGCUUACGGCCCAGUCCGGGGAAUCAUAAAUGGAUAUUUUAGGGUCGGAAGAAAGGGACUACGGCAGUGUAACAGUAAAUCUGGUAACUAUCAUGACAAGCUGACAUUACGAUGUCUGCCAUCCACUACCUCAUCUUCACGCUACCUGAGCAGCUCUUCCAAGGACGGCUCCCCGGGUGGGAGCGACGGUGACAAAAAAGAUGCCACUAGCCAAUCAAAAGGAGGCGACAAGGGUGGUGACAAGAAGGGAGGGUCAGGUCAGCUGUGUUGUCCAAAAUGUGGCGAUCCCUGUACACAUGUGGAAACAUUUGUCUCAUCAACAAGAUUUGUUAAGUGUGAAAAGUGCCAUCAUUUUUUUGUGGUUCUGUCAGAAACCGACUCCAAGAAAAGCAUGGAGAAUCAGCAAGAGAAACCAACACAGACUAGAAAACCCCCUCCUCCCCCCAAAAAGAUCUAUGAUUACCUGCACAGAUUUGUGAUUGGUCAGGACAUGGCAAAGAAAGUGUUGGCUGUGGCUGUGUAUAACCAUUACAAGAGGAUCUAUAACAACCUGCCGCCCUCAACUAGUCAGAGUAAAAACUCUGAGGUGGCUGUCACUGACAGUCGUCACCUUCACAAUGCCUUCACGCCCAGAGAGCUUCUUCAAAUUGCUGUCAGUGGUCAUGGUAGUGCACUUGGACCCAAUCUGCAACAACAACAACAACAGCAGCAGCAGCAAGACGAAACCACCAAGCGUUCAUCCAGUGAUAUACUUGAUGACCCUACCCACGAUCUCAAGCUGGAAAAGAGUAACAUCUUGAUGUUAGGCCCUACUGGCUCUGGUAAAACUUUGCUUGCUCAGACCUUGGCGCAGUGUUUAGACGUUCCGUUUGCGAUCUGCGACUGCACCACUCUAACACAGGCCGGUUAUGUUGGGGAAGACAUUGAGUCGGUCAUUUCUAAACUCCUGCAGGAUGCCAACUACAAUGUGGAGAAAGCUCAGCAAGGUAUUGUGUUUCUGGAUGAGGUGGACAAGAUUGGAAGUGUGCCAGGUAUUCACCAGCUGCGGGACGUAGGAGGGGAGGGAGUUCAGCAGGGUAUGCUGAAAAUGUUGGAAGGGACGAUAGUGAAUGUGCCGGAAAAGAACUCGCGAAAACUGCGAGGGGAAAGUGUCCAAGUGGACACAACCAACAUUUUGUUUGUAGCUUCAGGAGCUUUCAAUGGACUGGACAGAAUUAUUGCCAGGAGGAAAAAUGAAAAGUACCUGGGAUUUGGAGCGCCCCCACAAAGCAGUCAAGGUCGGCGAGCUGCCACAGCUGCAGAUCAGAAGAGCCAGGUGGAAGGCAGUGAUACUGAGGCAGACAACGAGGAGAGGGAUGCCUUACUGCGCAAGUCGGAGGCUAGAGAUCUCAUAGAGUUUGGCAUGAUUCCUGAGUUUGUGGGCCGCUUCCCUGUGGUAGUGCCCUUCCAUUGCCUGACAGAGGAGAUGCUGGUACAGAUCCUGACUGUGCCCAAAAACGCUCUUAUACCACAGUACCAGGCCCUGUUUGCCAUGGAUAAGGCUCAGCUGGACGUGAAGGAAGAAGCCCUUCGUGCCAUUGCUCAACUGGCUCUGGAAAGAAAAACAGGGGCCAGAGGAUUACGGGCAAUAUUGGAGAAAAUUUUGCUGGACCCUAUGUUUGAGGUGCCUGAUUCCGAUAUAACACAUGUGAUCAUCAGUGAAGAUGUCAUUAAGGGAGAUCAGCCAGCCCAGUACCUGCACUCACCAGGGGGAACCACUUUCGACGAGGAAGACAGCGGAUUUGAGGAUGAAGAUGUUAGCACACCUCAUAAACAUGUACAUGUAAACUGAAGUCAAAAAUUUGGGUAAUGUACAUAGACACUGCUGGAUUUUGUUUUAUAACAAAAACAAAAAAAUAUGUAUUUUUGUGUACAAAUUGCACAUAUUACAUUUAAUAUACAGGCACAUGUAGAUUUUAUGUAUGUAUAUACACACUUGGUGUAUUGGUGUAUUUUGAGAUUUCCAAUCCUGUUCGUAAUUGUAAUAUACACCAUAAUAGGCAAGCCUAUUGAAUAGCCAAGGUUAAACUCACAAUGAACUUGCAUUAGUAUUUGGUGGGCAUACUCAUAAAGGCCAUGCUACAAAGACGUCAUUUUUGGAGUUUUUUUGGCAAACUAAAUCUGUAGAGAUUGACCGUAAUUAUCUGCCUUCUCUGUUAAGUUACCCCUCCCUCCCACCCCCCAAAAGGUUAUCACAAAUUAUGUGAAAGCUGUAAAUGGUUGAUGUACCAUUUUCAACAAGAAACAAGACUGUGAAUCAGUGUAAGUUUACAUACAUUAAAUUUAGGGUAUACCCAAGAGUAAUAUACGUGUAAAAGCUUUAUAAUUUGUAUCAAAUUGUCUGUCAUAGUUUUUCUAACUUACUACUGAUUUUAACUAGUAUACUUGAAGUACGAGUAAUACAUUGUUAUUUUGCAUAUGACAGUUUCAUCGAUUCAGAAAAUGGAGUUGUUCAUGAUUGUUUCGUUUUAGCUGUUAAAACAAUAUUUGUUCAUUUAUAGAUGUUCGCCAUUUAAUUCAUCUCAGGUGUGACGUUUGUGUUCAACUUCUUUUUCGUUGUUAUUUUAUUUUUGUUUUUCUUUUUGUCUGUCCUUCAUUGUAGGAUUGUUAAUCUGGGAGAGUUUAAUGUAGUAUUCAUCCAACGGUUUAUUGUACAGCAGUUUUGAUUUUUUUGUGAUGAAUAAGUGACAGUCUUAUAAAUCUGUAAAUUAUACAGGACACAAUGAAAUUUGUUUGCUUUGCACAGCGUAUAUGUGUCCAUUUCUUCCUGUAUAAUGAGGGGAACUGUGUGGCCCAUCAAGUUAAAGAGAAGUCCAGAGACCAGCAUAUCCAUUCUGUAUUUAAGGGGGUUUUGGAAGUGUUGUUUUUUUUUUUCCCAGGCAAUAAUCAGGUCUGGAAUACUGUUUAGUGAUGUGACAGGGGUCCAAUGUGCAACCAAUACCACAUGUGACGAAUUGUUUCCAUAUAGUAAUUGGUGGUCAAAACCAUCAUGCAUUUGGUUUAUGCCCAGGUAUGGUAUGUUUUUCAUUUGUGAUAAGCUGUUAUUUGAUGAUGAUACCAACAAACACCUGUGUAUCACGGCAGUGAAUCCCCUGUUCUGAUUAUGUGGAGACAAGUGUAUGUCUCCAGUUACACUGAUUAUGUUAAACUUGGAUGUAAAUUAAAUGACGAUUGAAACCUAAGAGUUGUAUUGUAUUUUU